GGCCCGAUAGACGGAAUGGAGGAGCAACGGCCCGGCCUCGUUGCCACUUCGUCCUCUUUCUACCCAGGAUUCGAGCAAGAUCCAGCUGCUCUCUCUCUCUGCUCCCUCCAGGUCUUGGGGGAGGACGCCUCUUCCAUGCCCUUCUGCCCCCUUCUCUUCCCGCUCACUCCAACACCGGCUGCUCCCGCGGCAUCGCGGAGUCAGAGAAACUGCAUCCUGCGGCGGCGUUUCAGAGUUGAAACAAAAGCAGGCAUGGGCAGCAACGGUUUCUUCGAUUCAACUAAUUUCUUUGGUGCCGAGGAGGAUGGACCAAAUUUAUCGCCAUUUCUCCGCAAGCUUUUUAAAGAGUGGGAUGACCGCAAGGCGAGGGGCUUGUUUCACCAUGACAUCACUGCUUGUGAGACCAAGGUGCUACCUGGAGAACACAAUUUUGUAGCAACGUUGAUAGAAGGGCGUGACCAGAAGAAGCGGCCGACUGAAUUUGGAAUGAACCAGGUCAUCCAGCCAUUUGAUGGUGGCAAGUUCAACUUCACAAAAGUUAGACCAGAGGAGGUGAUCUUCAGAUUCCAAGAAACUGAUGAUGCGUCUGCCCGGUAUUUUGAUGGUGCUUCUCACACUGUUUCGGCUUCACCUAGCGCCAUUUUGAUCAAUGUGAGCCCAAUCGGGUACUGUCAUUCACUUUUGAUCCCUCGAAUCCAGGAAUGCUUGCCACAAAGGGUUGAUCAGGAGAGCUUCUUACUGGCCAUGUAUGUCGCGAGGGAGGCAAGGAAUGCCUUCUUCAGAGUUGGCUAUAACAGUCUGGGUGCCUUUGCAACUAUCAAUCACCUACAUUUCCAGGCAUACUAUCUGAAAGUGCAAUAUCCAGUCGAGAAGGCGCCGAUAGAGAAACUCACAGUCCUAAGAAAUGGUGUCAGCAUUUCUCAGCUGGUGCAGUACCCAGUGAGUGGCUUUGUGUUUGAAGGAGGAACGGGCAUGGAGGAUCUGUCACAGGUGGUCUCAAAUGCCUGCAUCUUCUUGCAAGAGAAUAAUACACCGUUCAAUGUCCUUAUCUCUGAAUCUGGCAGGAGAGUCUUCCUUCUACUACAGUGCUAUGCUGAGAAGCAGGUCCUCGGGAAGGCGAGCCAGGAGUUCCUAGACAUGAGAAUCAAUCCAGCAGUCUGGGAGCUCAGCGGCCAUUUGGUCCUGAAGAGGAGGAAGGACUACGAGGAAGCGUCCGAGGCGACAUUAUGCAGGUUUUUGGUUGAAGCAUCCCUGUCUGGAGCAGAAUUCCAGGAGCUGAAGAGGCUCGUCCUGGAGUUUCUGGCCAGCGCAAGUCCUGAAGAGUAGAGAUGAAAAUGUUUUGAGGUACUUACUGAUCAGUGAUCGGUAGUGGUGGGUUAGUUAAGCUGGUUCAGGUAUGGUGUGAAUUGUCAGCUGAGCCUGAGCAUACUUACCUGUAUGAUGAGAAUCGUUGGAAGUCGUUUUUCUUGUAUCCGACGAAGUUGGUGACAAAUUGAACUAUACAAGUUUGUUGGGUCUUGGAAGCCGACCUGGUGUAGCCGUGUGGGUGUAUUCAAA